CGGUCGGCGGCGAUAUAAGCGGACGGUCCUGGAGACGAAGCUCAGAGUGCAUGCCAGUCCUCCGGAUCGAUCUGCUGCUGUGCAUAGUGGUUUAUUACGAGAUUUGCUCUAGUUCCACACGGCAGUCGGCAGAUCACCAACGCCAACUUCUCAUUGCUGCUUCUGCAAACACCAGCAAACGGCAGAGAUAACGUGUGGGGCCAAGCAUGGCCGCGGCCGUGACCGGAGCGAUGGCCACCCUCCUGCCCAAGCUUGCCGACCUUAUCACAAAGGAGUACAACCUUCAAAGGGGUGUCAGGGGUGAGAUCAUGUUCCUCAAAGCCGAGAUGGAGAGCAUGCAGACGGCUCUCCUAAAGAUCUCUCAGGCGCCAAUCGACCAGCCACCGGACAUCCAAGUCAAGCUUUGGGCCAAGGCUGUGAGGGACCUGUCCUACGACCUCGAAGAUAACAUCGACAAGUUCAUUGUGUGCAUCGAAACCCAUGGACAGCCAGACAAGUCGCACAACUUCAGGGGUUUCAUUGAUAAGUGUCUGAGCCUGCUGACCAAGGGCAAGAUUCGCCAUAAGAUUGGCAUCGAUAUCAAAGACAUCAAGAACCGCAUCAAGGAGGUAAGCGAGCGGCGUGACAGGCACAAGGUUGACAGUGUGGCCGCUGCCAAGCCACCGGGUCCAACUAUUGAAGCCCUUCGCCUAUCAGCCUUGUAUGCAAAGGCCACGGAUCUCGUUGGCACUGACAAGAAGAGCCUUGCGGUAGUCAAAAUGCUGAUGGAGGGAGAUGAGGUCUCCAUGAAACAGCUGAAGGUGGUCUCUAUUGUUGGAUUAGGUGGAUUAGGCAAGACAACACUUGCUAAUUCAGUCUAUGAGAUGCUAAAAGUACAAUUCAAUAUUCAACAACAAAAGCUGCAAUUAGAUUGUACACCUUUUUCCCCUAAAAGAAAAGGUUGUAUGGCUUUUGUGUCUGUGUCUCUUAAUCCUACCAUGGAGAAGAUUUUCAAGAGCUUGCUCCAUCAAUUUGACAAACAUGCAUACCAGAACAUCAAUGAAGCGUCCUGGGGCGAAGCACAACUCAUUGGUGAGAUAAGAACAUUCCUUGGAGACAAGAGGUACUUGAUUGUUAUUGACGACAUAUGGGAUAAAUCUGUCUGGGAGAACAUCAAAUAUGCUUUGCCUGGGAAUGAACAUGGAAGUAGAGUAAUCGUAACAACUCGCAUUCUUGAUGUUGCCCAGCAAGCUGGUGGUGUUUAUCUGCUAAAACCUCUUUCUGUUGCUGACUCAAGAAAGUUGUUCUACCAAAGAAUAUAUGAGACCGAGAACAAAUCACCACCUAAUCAUUUGUUUGAAGUAUCUGAGAAAAUUUUAGAUAGAUGUGGCGGAGUGCCGUUAGCUAUCAUUACAAUUGGUAGUUUGCUUUCCAGUAAAAAGGGAAGAACACAAACACAUGAGUAUUGGUCCAAGGUGUACAAAUCUAUGGGUUCGGGGCUGGACAAUAGUCAUGAUGAUGUGAAGAACAUGAGAAGGAUAUUGUCCGUCAGUUACUCUGACCUACCUCCACACCUAAAGACUUGCUUACUGCAUCUCAGUUUGUAUCCAGAGGAUUAUGUUAUUCAAACUGAACAUUUGAUAUGGAAAUGGGUGGGUGAAGGUUUUGUGGAAGAAAACCCGAACAAGAACUUGUAUGAAGUAGGAGAGGAUUACUUGGACGAGCUCAUUAAUAAAAGCUUGGUCCAGCCCGUAAAGUUUGACAAUGCGAAUAAAGUGCGCUCUUGUCGCGUACAUGAUAUGGUGCGUGACCUCAUCACAUCCUUGUCAAACGAGGAGAAUUUCCUAACGAUUGUAGGUGGUCAGCAGCCAUUGCAUCAAUCAAGUAAGAUCCGCAGGUUGUCCAUCCAGACCAGCAGUGAAGAAGUUGCUAAUCAGCUGCCCAGCUUGUCCUGUGUGAGGUCACUUACUGUGUCUAGUCCAGCUUUCAGUUUGUUGCCAGCACUUUCACGUUUUCCAGUCCUACGUGUGUUGGAUUUAACUGACUGCAAGCAAGUGGAUAACAGUCAUUGGAAGGAUAUAUGCAGUUUGUUUCACUUGAGAUAUUUGAGUUUAAAGGGUACAUCUAUCACUAAGAUCCCAAAAGGGAUUGGGAAUCUGCAAUUUCUGCAAGUGCUGGACUUACGGUCCACCGAAAUCGAAGAAGAGUUGCCAUCAAGCUUUAUUCAACUGACACAACUGUUGUUAGUCCUCAUGCUUCAUAGCAUCCCUUGUGCAGUGCCAAGGUGGAUGUGCUCCAUGUCUUCCCUGUUGUCCCUUAGUAUCACACUGAAAACACUUGGAGAGGAGGACCUGCAAGUCCUCGGGAGCAUACUGUGUCUCAGUGAUCUGUUCAUACGAGUGGAGAAACCCACACCCGGCAGAGAUAAACGGAAGGUGGUCGAUAGUGGUUGCCCAUUUGUGCGUCUAACGAGGUUCAGUAUCAAGAGUGACACCAUGGAGUUGAGGUUUGCACAAGGAGCCAUGCAAAGUCUCCAAACACUGCUGAUUUUCAUGUUAAGUGAUGUGCGGGAGACAUUGCUUCAGUUUGGUGAUUUCGUAUUGGGUUUAGAGAACCUCUCUUCACUUGAGCAUAUCCAUGUUAAUGUUAGAAGUGACGCCAAGGAGAUGGAAAAUGUGAGAAAUGCAGUUCAGAAAGAGAUCGAUAUGAAUCAAAACAAUCCAAAAAUGACGUUCCCAGUAAUAAAGGUUUACAAAUCUGGAACCUACGGACGGUUUCUUGAUGUCACCAAGUUUAGUAACUAUGGUGAACUACGCAGAGAAGUGGGGCGCCUAUUUGGCCUUGAGGGCGAGUUGGAAGACCCUUUGAGAUCAAGCUGGAAGCUUGUACUCAUGGACAGGGAGGGGGACCUCCUUCUAGUCGGCGACGUACCUUGGCAGUAAGUUCCGCAGCCGUAACCAUCGACGUUCUGUGCUUUUUACUGUUCCAUGCUGUUCCUUAACGGUGGCACGCCUUCCAACUUUGCAGCGAAUUCGUGAAUGUCGUGUCCUGUAUAAGGAUCCUCUCCCCGUACGAGAUGGAGCAGAUGAUCCUCUAUUGAGCUUGAUUGAAGACGACUUGUUAGACUAAAGACCGCUUCUUCUGUACUCUCAA